CUUUGACAACGCUAUCCACACGCCGCAUCAACGCUCCACUCCACUGUACACCUCUACCAGGUAUGGAGGUAUUUGGCCACCACCGUCCACCAUACACACACGCCUGUCUGCGCUCUCCUCACCUCACCGGGAAAAGCGUACUCCCUCCUCCCUCCUGAAAUGCUGGACUCACCUGCAGGGGCAUACCGGUAGUACAGUACGAUACAACUCGAGGGGGGGGAAAACAAACUACCUAACUGGUUGGCACCUGGGAGCGUAAAACGACACCACCCUCGUCCAUUUGAUCUGAUCUUCCUGCCUGCUGCCACCAAAAACCAAACAACAAAUCCAGUCGACCAGGGCUCGGCUGCUCCUCCACCUCCACUUGAUGCUGACGCUACUACACUACUCCGUACUAUUACCACCACCACCCACCACUCUAUAGUACUAGUACCGGACCUGGCCUCUUCCCCUCCGGGCCCAUGAGUGGAACUUGGAAACUUUAUAUUCUCUUUUCUGCUUGUGUGUUUGACUUAUGAUAUACAGGACACUUGCAACCACCCACAACCGGCCCUUCCCGUCCACCGCACCUUUCACUCCGGAUCCGCCAGAAACCCCUCUCGGCGAGAGCGAAAGCCAGACGAACAGACAGAUUGACUGACUGACAGUUAGGCUUUCUCGCCUAAUAAAAAAAAAUAGGUGAAAAAAGCAACCUCUCCUAAUUAAUAAAGAGAGGGACCACUUUGCAGCAUCUAUCUAUCUACCCGCCUACCUGCCUGCCUUAUCCACCGACCGAGCUGUCUUACCGACCACCCAUCGACUUUCUCCCACCCGACGACAAUCCGUCCAAUCCCACCUACAGUACCUGCCUACUUCCAACCCACUCACUCACCUUACCUGCCCGCCCCCUUGGGCGCGAACCGAACCCUUUUGGACGAUCGAUUGGAUGACCACCUAUCUGCUUGAUUAGCUUGCCGCCCUACCUUUUAGUCUCCUUCCAGAACUUUUUUCGAAUGCGGGCACAUUCGAGGGGUUGUAUGCUGCACGCGAUCUUCUUUGCAUCAUCACUCUUGGAUUUUGGAUUGGGCAUUACCAAAACCGCCCCGCGCCGCCAACCACACCAAAUCAAUCGCUCCUACCGCGAUUGACUGUCGCUCGUUCAACGCGGCCCGAGCCUUGCUGCCAACGCUCCCCGAUCAGUAGUGAUUAACGCCGCUCCGAGACAUACCGCACAUCCCUACUCUUGCGCCCCUCCGAGUCCCAUCACGCGCCGGCGCAUGCCAGUCGCGCCCAUCAGUUGUUCGUCCCUUGUCUUUAGACUUGCAGUCUACUUUCGCUUCAAUGAGUAGCUUCACUUUUGCGCCGCCGCAGGCGUUCCAGCCGCAACAAAAAAAUUAUGUCUUUGUCGAUGAGCACAAUCGCCACAAGCGACUCAAGGUGAUGAGAGCAUGUGAGGGCUGCCGACGCCGGAAAAUCAAGUGCGAUGCAGCAACCAGUGCACAGUUUCCCUGCUCAGCAUGCCGUAGGCUAAAGCUGCAUUGCGUCCGCCCAAAUGGCUUCGAUGGAACCUCAGCCGAUGGCCAGUCCUACGAGACUAUGGCUGGAGACUAUGAGGAUAGCCCACCACAGCAGUCACGGACUGCCCAGCAAAAUAUACAGCACAUACUCACAACGCCUGGUUCCCUGAAGCCACCAGCAGCAACAUCAUAUGUACCGCAGACGGCGUACUCUGAUGCAUCCCCGGGAUCCAUAUAUGACCCUUCUCGAUAUCAGGAUAGCCAGUCGCCUCAUGGGGCCCUAUCUUACAGCACAUUGAACACUCCGGUUGCUGCCAUGGAAUCUGCAUUUGGGUCUCAUGAUAUGUUUCCUAACCCACCGGCGCAUAGGCCUACAAUUCCCCAUUCUCCUCCUGAAUCUUAUAGCAGUGGAGAUCACGGCUCUGAUCUUGCAGAUUUGCUUGGACCUCUUAAGCUCAACGAGUUCGGAACAGCCCCGUAUCUUAACAACAAGAUGCGGCCGAAACAGCAAGAAGAGGACCCCGUGGUAGGCGAGGAAGACGACUAUAAGAGCUCACUGCCUCCUCUUCCCUCUGGACCAGGUCUCAAGAUUCGCAUCCCGCCUGAGCUGAUGCCGGAUGAUGACACGGCUCUCCAUUACUUUGAUCUUUACUUUACCCAAGUUCAUCCUUAUGUGCCUGUCCUUGACAAGGCCAUGUUCUUGGACCAAUGGCAUAACAACCGCGAGUCCCUCUCGCCGUUGAUUUUGGAGGCUGUCUUCACCGUCGCUGGUCGUCUAGCCGACGAGCCUGGCGAGGGCCAGCAGUGGCUGGCACUAGCCACACGGCAUCUCGACUCGUUUAUGGACGUUCCACGACUGAGCACACUGCAGGCGCUUCUCAUUGUCAUAAAGGCAAGGGAGGCCUCGCCGAAACGUGGUUACUACUUUCGGUCAUGGAUGUCCAUCGUCCAGUGCGUACAGAUGGGCAAGGAUUUGUCUUUGGACGAUCACUAUCAAGAUCACCUGGCAGGGAAGUCAUGCGGCUCGGGUCCCGCUGAAUGUCUGAUGAAGACACGUAUAUGGCAGACCAUCUUCAUUAUGGAACUGAUGAUAGGUUCGCCUCAAGGCCGAUACGACUUGGCUGUACAGGAAGAUACAGUGGACCUACGCAUCCCACGUCUCACUCCUGGUGUGGAUGAUAGCGAGUAUCAUGUUUCGCGAAAUAUCACCUACCUGUCGCGCAUAGUAUGCAACGUGGCACGUGCGAACCGCUCGUAUGGUCGUGUUCGCAGAAAGGUCAACCGAGAUUGGGCUCUUGAGCCAGAGGUCGCACAACUUACGUCCCUUUCGCACGCGUGGUUGAACGAAUUGCCCUCAGAUUUGGCUGUCAACUUCCCACCAGACGGAUCGCCUCCUUGGCUCAACUCGGCCUUCAUCGGCAACAUGCACUCGUACUACUACCUCAGCAUUAUCAUGCUUCACCGUCCGCAACUCCAGUUGCUUGAUCCCAACGGUGCUGAUGGCCAGUGGAAACAUCACAUGGUUGUCUGCUAUUCAUCAGCGAAGCUGUUGUGCAGAUUGGAGGAGGCCAUCAUAAGAUCCUAUGGGAUUUCUGGGUUACAGUCUAUGCAGCGUGGAAUUAACUAUACCAUAUAUUGCGUCUUGACAUGUAUCAUUCUUCAUCUGGUUGCCAUCACGUCGCCCGACCCGGACCUGAACACGGAUGCCCGCGAGUACUUCACUCGUCAUAUGCGCAUCUUGGAGCGUUGCAUGGCAGCCUGGCCCAUGCCUGAAAUGCAGAAGCAGAUAGAUGCCGUGCGUGAGGCCUUCUCGGCCGACAUGCGCAAACCGUUUGUUCUGAAGCCGAGCUUCCCGUAUGGCAGCCCAGCGACUACGCACUCGACACCGCCACGUUCGGUGGCAUCAAGAGCUGGACCCAUGGAUCAGUUGUCGCAGCAGUCUUUGCGACUUCCUGGGCAGUCAUCGCAAGUCAGUUAUGCCAGCCUUCCAAUGUCCCCUCCCACAUCAGCCGGGCCUGGAGACGGCACAGGGAACUCUUCACCAACCGCUCAGGCCCUGAGCUAUAUGUCGGGCACCCCUGGCUCACAGGCAACUUCCGCUGCUCUGCAGCAACAGCAGACAAUGUCGAUGGCGGACCCAUCGGUAACUGCUUGGAAUCCCACCAGGUUAUUUGAUCAAUGGAACUCGACCUUUGGUACGCCCCAACCCCAGCCCAUACCUACAUCCAUGAGCGCACGAACUCCGUCUCUGAACAAUGUCCUUGUCUCCCCCAUCUCAACAGGCGCCAGCGAGGUCCCAACACUGCAAGAUAUUCAAGCUGCACAAGCGACCAUGACUGCAGCCAAUUUACACCAGCAUGCAGCAGCCGCGCAGACCUAUGCCGCCCAGGCACCAGUUCCCAAUUUCGUCACGCCAGCCAUGUGGCAGGAGUCAGUGGCGAGCGUGUACGAAGGCGGGAUGAAACGUGGCUGGGAUUACGACGCUACCGGAAUGGACAUGAAACCUCAUCGGACAUGAUUUGGGAGUAUCCAUGGAGUACCCCCAAACCCUCGGCGCUUAACUUAGAUUCAUUAUAAGGGCCCGGACCGAACAAGUAUGGCUAUCCAGGGAACUGACGGCCGCCACCCGAUGGUGUUGCCACAUCCAUGACCGGCAACAGGGCCUCUUCGACAUGGCUUUCAUCAGCCAUUCACUGAUCGGCUUCUUGACCGACAAUGGAUAACCGCGGAAUCUGGGACCGGUCAUGCCCGGCUAUGGGGAUUGCGUUAUCGGGCUGAAUAGUUUUCCGUGACAGCAUUCUUGCCAUGGAGGGACCAUUGGUCUAUAUCGACUGCCGAAUAUUCCGAGGUCGACUGGAUGGAAGGAUUGGAAAGCCUACUUCCGAUGUACGAAUUAUUGAACGGAUGAUUACAGUGACGAAAAUGAGGGGAUGCAAUGUGUCUUGCUCUCAGCCACAAGGCGAGACUUCACAUGCCCCAGUUGCUCAUUCCGUUAUGAAGCUUGAUGACUCUCAUGGAACGAGACAUGACUUUAUAUCUGUAUAAUUUAUCGUUGUGGGCUUAUGAGACAUGUGGGAAGCGACGAUAUCUUGGGUCGAAGAAAAUAAUUUGUAAGAUAACAUACAUGGUGGUGAUGGAUGAUCCAGGUACAUUUUUUGGAUAUGAUUGGUCUUUGGCAUUUUCCUUUGUUAUCUUCUUGCCCUGGGGGGCCCGGAGCCCUCGUGUGGUGCGUAUAUAUUUACUCCUGACGUACACGGACGGCCGGUGGAUUUUUUAUAUAUAUAUAUAUAUUUUACUUCCUCCAUGCUCCAGUAACGUACACGAAUUUUGUUAAGUUCUGUUAGCGACUCCGGCGCUCUGCAGCGGCAACGACGGCGUCCCAAACCCAGGCCUCCUUGGCGUCGUUUGAGGUCUCGCGGAUGUUCAACUUUUUGAUAGGCCUCCGCAGCAGGCGUUCCCAUAUGGUGACGUUGCCCUCGGCGGACGCGAGCCUCUUGUUGGCAGGGGCGGCAGCAGCGUCUUCCACGACGGUCCAGUUGACGAGACCGAAGCGUUCGUUGGUGGGGGACAGGCGGGCCAGCGGUAAGGCGACGACCCUAGGCUUGCCGUGGAAGUUGAGCACGCCUACCUCGACGACGGCGUUGGCGGGAGGGGCCUCGGCGUAGCGCCUAAGCAGCUCAGGGGAGGCGCGGGCGAAGCGCGGCAGCCGCAGCCGCACAAAUGCCACCUGCGGGUUGGUGGAGAAUAGGGUGAAUGCCAGGGGAAUCAUGGCGCAUGUGAUGACUGCUGCUGGCUUCCACAAGGGCUCGCCGCUUCGGUACAGUGCCGGGGCGAUGAUGACUACUACAAAGACGGCGCCUAUGAGCAUGGCGAACUUAAGCAUGCCCAGGAAGGUGGUCCGAGCCGCACCGCCGUGGUAGAUGACUAGGCUCUCUGGAUAGAGGAAGCGGGCAGCCUGCUUUGGUGCAUCUUGAAGCCGUGGAAUGGAUUUGCUGAAGCUCCGGGGUAGUGCUACUACUGGUGAUGACUUUACGGCGGUUGGGCGUAUUGACCGAAGUAUACUUGUGCGGCAUGUCAGGCGUGGUGUUUGAUAUAUCAAGCUUGAUGAGUAGAACCGUGCUGUUGUUGGAGGUCGCGAGGCUGGCCCUGCACGGCAUGAGGAUCUCGUGGCCAGCAGGAGAACAUCUACUGCCUUUAACGGCAGCAAACGUGGCUGCAACAUCUCAAUUAAGUAAGGUAGCUUCGAUGUCUGUGUUGGUUGACUGAAAAGAGUGGUGUUUGAUAUGUUACUUUGGGUCGUUUGCAUGCAUAUUAUGUUGUUUACUUGAUU